UAGAAAAUGAAAGUUUUGUCUUUUCUUUUAUUGUUAUUUAUCAGUUUUGACAAUUUAUUUAUUCAAACCAAUUUAUACUUUAUACUUUAAUGAGCAUUAGUCAGAGCUCACACCAUGUCCUUUAGUAGUGAUGAAGUUAAUUACCUUGUGUAUCGGUAUCUACAAGAAUCUGGUUUUGUUCACUCCGCUUAUACAUUUGGAAUUGAAUCACACAUCAACUCAUCCAACAUUAAUGGAUCACUUGUUCCGCCAUCAGCAUUGCUUAAUAUAAUCCAAAAAGGACUCCAAUAUACCGAAGCAGAGAUCAGUAUUGGUGAAGAUGGAAACGAAAGAACAAUUGAAUCUUUGUCUCUUAUUGACGCUGUUCUACCAGACAUUGUUCCGCAGAAGCAGCAACAAUUAAUCAACAGCAAUGCUGCUACUAACAAUACAAAUGGGACUUCAGGAUCUGCAUCAUCUUCCAAUUCAAAGUCUGCAGCAGUAGUGAUUAAAACAGAAUCUAGUGAUUCAGCUCAGGGUCCAUCUUCAUCUGCUUCUGCGAAUCCCGCUUCAGGCAACCAACAGGCACCUUCAUUAUCAUCAUCUAAUUCAUCUAAUGCUCCACAGCCAAUGGAUACUACACCAAGUUUACCAACAGUUACUGGUUCAGGUUCAUCAAUGCCACCGGCAGCUCCUGCUCCUGAUGAGGUACUGAAUACCGAUGAAAAUGGUAGUUCUAUAGAAAUAUCAAACUCUAAAGUUACUAUUUUAAGAGGUCAUGAAUCGGAAGUUUUCAUCUGUGCUUGGAACCCAUCAUCCGAUUUUCUAGCUUCAGGCUCAGGUGACAGCACAGCCAGAAUCUGGGACUUGAAUUAUAAUGCAAAUUCAGUUGUCAAUCAGAUGGUAUUGAGACAUUGUAUUCAAAGAGAUGGAACUGAAGUUCCUUCUAACAAAGAUGUAACAUCAUUGGAUUGGAACUCGGAUGGCACAUUAUUGGCAACUGGAUCUUAUGAUGGGUUUGCACGUAUUUGGACUACCAGUGGGCGAUUGGCAUCUACUCUCGGCCAGCAUAAAGGUCCUAUUUUUGCCCUUAAAUGGAACAAAAAAGGAAAUUACAUUUUGUCGGCCGGUGUUGAUAAGACAACAAUCAUUUGGGAUGCAUCUACCGGUCUUUGUACCCAACAGUUUGCUUUCCAUUCUGCUCCUGCACUAGAUGUUGAUUGGCAGUCUAAUACAUCAUUUGCUUCUUGUUCAACUGAUCAGUGUAUUCAUGUUUGUAAAUUAGGCUGUGAUCGACCCAUCAAAACAUUUACUGGACACACUAAUGAAGUUAACGCAAUCAAAUGGGAUCCACAAGGAAACUUUCUUGCUUCCUGUUCGGACGAUAUGACCCUGAAAAUUUGGUCUAUGAAACAUGACAAGUGUAUACACGAUUUACAAGCUCACAGCAAAGAGAUCUAUACAAUUAAAUGGUCACCUUACACAACUAUCUUAGCCAGUGCCUCCUUCGACUCCUCUGUCCGACUCUGGGAAAUUGACAGAGGAAUUUGUCUGUACAACUUAACCAAACACACUGAACCUGUUUAUUCAGUUUCAUUUUCACCCGAUGGUAAAUUCUUAGCAUCGGGAUCAUUUGACAAAUGGGUACAUAUUUGGUCAACAUCAAACGGACAGCUGAUUAAUUCAUAUAAAGGAACCGGUGGCAUUUUUGAAGUUUGUUGGAAUGCAAAAGGUGAUAAAGUCGGAGCAUCAGCUAGUGACGGAUCCGUUUUUGUUCUGGAUCUCAGGAGGCCAACACCCCAAUAAUUAUUUCAUUAUUUUCUUUUCCCAUUAUAUCCCUAUUUCUUUUCAUCGAAUAAAAACUUUUUAUCACAGUCAA